UGUCGUCGACAAGACUUCGACGCAGAGUUAUCUUCGGCUUAAUGUCUGCACACACUAACGAGAGGGAAAGGAGUCAAAUAUGGCGGUCAUGGAAGUGGAACUCCCUUCAGGCUAUGUGGCGGACAUGGAGUCACUGCCCGGCGCUCCAGACAUUAAACGCGUUGACACUACAAAGGGAGACACUAAUGUUGUCAUAUAUUUCGAUAGAAUAACCCGAUCGAAGAUCUUUCUGACAGUCUGUGGCCAUCGAACCCAUCGUGUGGUCAACACUAAAGCCGUUCCCAUCGUUGUCUACGACUACUAUAAUCGGCGACAAAGCGCUCUAAAUGGGCUCGAGCAGCCCUCCAAUUAUGUAUCGCUGCCGGCGAUCACUAUUUGUACCGCAAAACACUUUUAUGACUGGAGAACAGAAUCAAGAAUUAUCUCCGAGUACUUCAAUGACCUCUCAAUUCGUGAACAAUUCACUGCUCUUCAAACACCGGACGAUAUAUUUGGCUACUGUUUGGUAAGUAAACCACAUUUGGUUACACAUUUAAACGACAGCAAACGGGAAGGGUAUGUGAAUUGUGCGGACAUAACGCCCAUACGGUCAGCGAUAAGCGAAAACUUUGAUUGUAUGACAUUAUUCUCGCAAUUGAACGGUGAAAGCGAUGACUACUAUGUCGUCGAAAAGAAGAGAUUUUGGAAGAGACGCCAUUUGAAAAUGACCAAGAUGAUCAAGAUUCCUGAAUUCCACCAGUAUAUGGUGUAUAUGAACGCAACUACAUUUGGCAAUGAUGUACACUUGCACCUACACCCCAGAAAUAGGGUCAUUACACAACCACAACAAUCGGAUCACAAACGAUAG